ACCUUUAUCAACUUCCACAGUGAAAAAGACAGCCAUCAAGAUGUUGGCUCAGCUACAGGAUGUCGCGCCCACGAGGCUGGCCAUGCUGGUCCUCGGUGGACUGGUGGCAUCGCUUUUUAUCUACGCCCUCCUCGUCUCAUUCUACCGCCUCACUCUCCACCCUCUGGCCUCCUACCCAGGCCCCUUCCUCGCAAAGAUCACAGACUGGCACCAAGUAUACCACGCCUACCAUGGAAACCGCCAUCUCUCUCUCUACCUCAUGCACGAGAAAUAUGGUCCCCUCGUCCGCUACGGCCCCAACAGCCUCUCCACCAACACCGCAACUGCCCUCCACAGCAUCUACGGCUUCCACUCCCCCGUCCAGAAGGGUAACUUCUACACCGCCUUCCCCGCCAACAAGCACGCCUACAACACGCACAGCAGCAUCGACAAGACGCAGCACGCGCGCAAGCGCCGCGUUCUUUCUCACGCCUUCUCCGACGGCGCCGUGAAGGCCAUGGAGCGCUACAUUCUGCAAAACGUGCGGGCCUUCACUGAAGGUCUGGGCGCGAGCUCUGCCACUGUUGGCCCAGAGAGGAAGGGCUGGGGAUUAGGCCAGAAUAUGGCAGAUUGGUGCAACUAUCUCACUUUUGAUGUCAUGGGAGAUCUGUGCUUCGGAAAGGCGUUUGGCAUGUUGGAGAAGGAGGAUAACCGGUUCGCGAUUGAACUUAUUGGAAAUGCCGCGCAUCGCCAUCUUAUUUGCGGCGCCAUGCCCCUCCUCCACGAAUACCACCUCGACCACGUCCUCUUCCCCCACCUCGCCGCCGGGCGCGCCCGCUACAUGGCGUACAGCAAAUCGCAAUCCGUUGAGCGCAUGAAGAACCCCGACGUCGACCGCAAAGACUUCUUCUACUACCUUCUCAAAGCCAAAGAUCCCGAGACCGGCGCAGGCUUCGCCCUCCCCGAGCUCUGGGGCGAGUCCAACCUCCUCAUCAUCGCCGGCUCAGACACCACAUCCACCGCUCUCUCAGCCGCUUUCUUCUACCUCGUCCACAACCCCUCUACCUUACAAAUCGUCCAGGCUGAAGUCCGCAAGGCCUUCUCGGAUGAAGAGGAGAUCGUCGCUGGCGCUACCCUGAAUUCUUGCAUCUACCUCCGCGCCGUCCUCGACGAGUCCAUGCGUCUCAGUCCCCCCGUCGGCGGUAUCCUCCCCCGCGAAGUCCUCGGAAACGGAAUCGACAUCGACGGACACCACAUCCCCGCCGGCGUCGACGUCGGAACCUCCCACUACGCCGUCCACCACAACCCCGCCUACUACCCCUCCCCCUUCAGCUUCAAGCCUGAGCGCUGGAUCGCCUCUGGUGACGUGACAGCCGAGGACGUGGCGAAGGCGAAGAGCGCAUUCUGUGCCUUUAGCGUCGGGCCGCGCGCGUGUAUCGGCCGCGCGCUGGCGUACACGGAGUUGAUGAUUGCGUUGGGGAGGGUGGUGUGGGCUUUUGAGAUGAGGGUUGCGGGUGGGCUGAGGGUGGGGGAGGGAGGCAGGGGGUUGGGAGAGGGGAGGGAGAGGCAGACGGAGUAUCAGUUGAGGGAUUCGUUUACGAGUUUGAAGGAUGGGCCGAUGGUGGAGUUUAGGCGGCGCUGAAUGGGGGAGGGAGGGGCGUUCUGGGGGGUGGAAGUGAUGAAAAGACGAUUAUGUUGAUUUUUGCGCGCAUGGUGUAGGAGAUUCAGCUUAAUGGAUGUGAUUGCCUUCCUACCCCUCGUCGCCGUGAAUCCCUUUAUUUGCCUUCCCAUUCCCACAACCUCUCCCAAAUUCCCUAUAUCACAUCGUCUUCUCCUUCUAAACCUAAUCCCCACCCCCAUAUUCUCUGCACCACUACACUCGAAUACACCAUCAUAUACCACCACCUACGCACAAACACAACACAAAAUGUCCUUCCGCAACCCCUUCACCGGCGCCUACGCCCACGCUGCCACCCCCUCCCAAACAAAAACGCAAACACAAACCCGCCCUCCCCCAACCCAAACACAAACCCGUCCCCCCCCCACACAAACUCAAUCCCGCCCUCCACCCCCACAAACACAAUCCCGUCCUCCUCCCCCAACUUUCGCGCAGCCACAACCCCCGCCAUGGCAGCAGAGUCGCGGGGGCCAGAACCAGGGGGGUUCUAUCAUGAUUCCCGGUAUGGGUGGCCAGAAUCAAGGGGGGACUACUAUGAUGCCGGGGGGAGGAUCGAUUAUGAUGCAGCCGG